AUGGGGCCUUCCGGUGACCAACUUCCUAAAAUGCAAUACAGGUUUCUAGGCCGAUCGGGACUCCAAGUGUCUGUGAUUUCACUCGGUGGAUGGGUUACCUAUGGCGGAGCCGUGGGUGACGAUGUGGCCUUUGAAUGCAUGAAAGCGGCCUACGAUGCUGGGAUCAACUUCUUUGAUUGCGCCGAGGGAUACUCCGAAGGCAAAUCGGAAAUUGUCAUGGGCCAGGCCAUCAAAAAGUAUGGAUGGAAAAGAAACGACCUUGUCAUCUCCACCAAGAUCUACUGGGGCAGUGCGUUUGGUGAAAAUCCCGUCAAUAAUGGCGGUCUUUCCCGAAAACACCUAAUUGAAGGGACCGAGGCGGCACUUAAACGAUUGCAGUUGGACUAUGUCGAUUUGCUUUACUGUCACCGUCCAGACCGAAAUACGCCAAUUGAGGAGACGGUUCGAGCGAUGAACUACUUGAUCAAUACAGGCAAGACAUUCUACUGGGGGACGAGUGAGUGGAAUAGCGAGGAGAUCGCAAUGGCCUGGGCAUGCGCAGAAAGGCUCAAUCUCAUCGGACCAGUGAUGGAGCAGCCUGAAUACAACAUGUUGGCCCGAGACAGAGUGGAACGAGAAUACGCCCUGCUGUACGAAAAUUACGGACUCGGUCUCACAAUCUUCAGCCCGCUCAAGACAGGGAUUCUGACGGGAAAGUAUAACGAUGGCAUUCCUGAAGACAGCAGAAUUGCCAAAUCCACUGAAGGAUUCACCACGAACCAAAGGGAGAGUUAUGGGAAUGAACAAUGGCAAAAGGCUCUUACUCAAGUGAGGCUAUUGAAGCCGGUGGCGGAGAAACUAGGCACCGAUCAAGCGACCCUGGCGCUGGCCUGGGUUCUCAAGAAUCCGCAUGUGAGUUCAGCCAUCACGGGGGCAUCAAAAGUCGAACAAAUUGCCAAGUCUGUCACAGCAUUGGACUUGCUUCCGAAAUUGGACGACAAGGUCAUGGCUGAGAUUGAUGAUAUAUUGGGGAACAAGCCCACCCUCCCAUACAGGAGGCUUUAA